AUGGCUCUGAAACUCUCAACGCGCCCCUUUUGGCAGGCGCGCUUCUCUCAGAACUUACCCCUAUCUCCAUCAAGGAUACGAGGAGGAGGAGCAGUCCGCCACUUCUCGGCAGAAAUAGCCUCGCACCCCUCGAACCGAGUCCAGAUCUACAUAUCACGGAGCUCGGAUCCGUACCUGAACCUCUCAAUCGAGCACUUCCUCCUGCAAAAGUCCGGGCCCGACUCCGUGGUGCUGUUUCUGUACACGAACCGGCCCUGCGUCGUCAUCGGCCGCAACCAGAACCCCUGGGUCGAGGUCAACCUCGGCCUGAUCAACCGGCCGGGUGUGCUGGCGCUGCUGCGCUCUGAAGCUGCUGCACUGAGAAGGAGGAAAUCGAGAGAGUGGGAGAGCGAGAUCGAUAUUGGCCAGGGAAAGAAUGGCGAGAGCGAGAAUGGGCACGACGAUGACGGCGUCCUCCUCGUCCGCCGCCGCUCAGGAGGCGGCACCGUCUUCCACGACGCCGGCAACGUGAACUACAGCGUCAUCUGCCCGCCCGCGUCCUUCGACCGCGACAAGCACGCCGAGAUGGUAGUGCGGGCGUUGCACCGGCUCGGGGUGCGCUCGACGCGCGUCAACGAGCGGCACGACAUUGUGCUCGAUGUGUCAUCCACAUCCUCCUCUUCGUCCUCCCGUUCGUCUUCAUCAUCAAACAAGCCGGACAACACAGACGGCACCAGCAUAAAAACCUUCAAGAUCUCCGGCUCCGCCUACAAGCUGACGCGCCAGCGCUCCCUGCACCACGGCACGUGUCUGCUCUCGUCGCCGAACCUGCCCUUCAUCGGGCGGUUCCUGCGCUCGCCCGCCGCGCCGUACGUCAAGGCGCGCGGUGUCGAGAGCGUGCGGUCGGCCGUGCGGAACGUGAGCCGCGACCCCAACCACAACAAGAACGACAACGACGGCUGUGAGAGGAGGGAGAAAAUCACCAACACCGCCUUCGAAGACGCCGUCGUCGCCGAGUUCGGCGCCAUGUACGGCAACGUGGACGCCGAGGUCGUGGGCCCUGCCGAGGUGGCGGGCGUGCCGGAGAUCGAGAAGGGUGUUGCGGAGCUCAAGUCCCUAGACUGGAUAUACACCCAAACCCCCCAAUUCACCUUCUCAACCCACGCCACGGAGUCGGAUCCGCGGCCGCGGCCAGCACUACCCCCAUCUCUGCCACCAGAAUUCCGGGCCGCCAUGACGGUGCGGCACGGGCAGAUCACCGAGGUCGGCGGAACCGGACUGCCCGAGUCGCUGACGUCGACGCUCCUGCAUGAGGUGGAUGAUUGGCGGUCUAGGACUACCUCUGAGCCUGUUGGUAAAUGGCUCAAUGGGUUGUUUGGGGCUCGCGGGAGACCAGGCGAGCCAUAA